ACAUUAUGCUGUGCACUGAUGUUGCUAAUGCAGUAAACCCUCUUAGUUAAGCCUAACCUUUCACGUGCUUUGUCACCUAAUAAUGAGUCAUGUCCAUCUGGAACAACAACAAACACACGCUGAUGUUCUUUUUCUUUACAUUUCACUUUCAGUCUGCUCUUGCCUUGUGUUGUGUUGAUUAGGGUCCAUUGUCCAUUGUAGGCUUUUAAUUACAAUGAAUCCGUUUUACCUUCAUGCCUCUAAUGUCACGUUCACCCAGGUUGAACCAGCUGGCCAUCAGUCGUAAUUUCUACAAAUUUACUUGUUGUGUUGGCGCCCGGUCGCUGUCUGACAAUGUGUCAUCUAAACCCGUCCCGUCCAGCGCCACAGAGGUGGCGGGUGACCAUUUAAUCUACACACGAGACCACUUUGCAUUGCAGGAGUCCCUCAGAAAGAUCGUCGACCAGGAGAUCAACCCCCACGUGAAUCAGUGGGAAGCAGAGGGGACGUUUCCAGCCCACAAAGUUUUCAAGAUCUUAGGAAACGCUGGCUUUCUCGGGGUUAACAAAUCAGUUGAGCAGACGGACAUGGCCACCCCUGCACUGGCCAGGUUUGGUUCAGCCGAGCUAAAGGAAGAGUUCCUCCUUCCCUCCAUCGCGGGGGACAAAGUGGCCUGCCUCGGGGUCAGUGAAGUCGGAGCCGGCUCUGAUGUCUCAAGUAUCCUGACAAAGGCAGUGAAGAAAGGGGAUGAAUAUGUGAUCAACGGGGGGAAGAUGUGGACCACCAACGGUACCCAGGCCUGGAUAUGGAUACGUCUCCUCGCCAACACAAGCGACGGGCCCCCACACAGGAACAAGUCCCUCAUCUGUUUGCCCAUGCACCUGCCAGGAGUCCACAAGAUUGAGAAACUCGGCAUGUGGUCGUCGGACACGGCCGAAGUGUUCUUCGAUGACGUCCGUGUGCCCUGCAAGAGCAUCGUUGGCCAGGAAGGCAUGGGCUUCACCUAUCAGAUGCUUCAGUUCCAGGAGGAGCAGCUCUGGGCUGUGGGCAAUAUCGUGACCAUGAUGGACAACAUCAUUCAGGAGACCAUCCAGUACACCCGGCAGAGGAAGAUCUUCAAGCUGCCCGUCCUCUACUACCAAUCAGUUAACUUCAGGUUGGCCGAGCUGCAGACGGAGGUGGAGCUGCUCCGCUCCCUCCUCCACCGUGCCACAGCAUUGUACAUUAAAGGCAACGAUGUCACCAAACUGGCAUCCAUGGCCAAGUUAAAGACCGGCCGUCUGGCCAGGGAGGUGGGCGACAGCUGCCUCCAGUAUUGGGGAGGCAUGGGCUUCACCAGCGACAUGCUUGUCAGCAGAUUCUACAGAGAUUCUAGGUUACUUUCAAUUGGUGGAGGUACCGAUGAGGUGAUGCUGGUAAUCAUCUGCAAAUACAUGGACACACUAGCCAAGAAAUGAAGUCAUAAACAUCUGAUCCAGACUGACCGAUGCACGCUGCUCCAUAGCAGAUAAUGAGUCAUUUUAUUGCUAAACGUAAGUCACCUAAGUGCAGUUAUAUUAUGUGACAAACUACAUAGCAUUUUAUUGUUUUGUUUUAGGGGCAUACAUCAACAGCCUACAGUUGAAUUGUAUUAGUGUCAUUUUAUCAAGACUUAAAUCUUUUUAAAUAGACACUGCAGUGUCUGUAAAAAAAAAUUAAUUUCCACAUUGCAUGUCAUUGACUAAUUUAUAGAAAAGUUAUAGAAGUUUUAAUAUUUGCAAUGUAUUCUCUGUAUGUGUAAUCAGCACACUCAUUCUGUUAAAUUCAGAUCAUAGAAUGUGUUUAUUUACAU